AUGGCUGCGGUCUCCUCUCUCUCUUCCUCUAUGGAUUUGUUUCCCUCUCUCUCGUCCUCUGCGUCUUCGGUUUCCUCCCUCUCUUCCUCUGAAGAAUUAUUUCCUCAGAUCGUUUCAUUGCAAAUCGAAAAGCCCCGCGUUCUUUAUACCCUUUCCUCAUCUUUUUGCAGUAUCGGAGCAGCCAGCGGUGUGACCACACCUGCAGUGGCCCCUGGUGCAUUCCAGAUAGAGCACGAGGCCGUAGUCCACGGUUAUGGAUAUAAAAAGGUUGACAAGCGUGUCAAGCCUGUUCCAGGAAUACUGGCCGACGAGUUCUGGAUCAUGCGGCAUGUUCCUCGCGACCCCAUGCAGAACCUCCCAUCACUCCCCUUUCACCCACCAGACUUCAUCGGCAGAUCACGUUAUACGGAGGAACGAUGGUGGGACCUUAACAUUAACAGCGACGGGUUUCUCUGGGAGGAGGAGGUGAAGCUGUUCGAUCACAUCCUCUAUCUCCAUGAGCAAGUGUUUGCCUGGGAUGAGUCCAAAAAAGGGAAAUUUAGCAACGAAUAUUUCGAACCGAUCCGAAUUCCCUAUCAGCAGCAUGUCCCUUGGGCAUUGCGCAACAUUCCUAUUCCACCAGAAAUCUGCAAGCAAGUUAUUCAAGUCAUUCGCAAUAAGAUCGCAUCAGGUGUAUACGAGCCAUCGAACUCAUCCUACCGAUCACACUGGUUCUGCAUCCUGAAGAAGGAUGGGAAGUCGCUACAUUUGGUACAUGAUCUCCAGCCACUAAAUGCCAUUGUGAUUCGAGAUUCGGCAGCACCGCCGCAGAUUGAGGAUAUAGCGGAGGCAUUCGGCAGAUGCUCUUGCUAUGCGAGCUUCGACCUGUUCAUCGCGUUCGACCAAAGGACUCUUCACCCGGACUCCCGUGACCUGACGACCUUCCAGAGCCCGCUCGGAGCACUCUGCCUGACCACCAUUCCGAUGGGAUAUACCAACUCAGUCCAAAUCAUGCAUGGCGAUGUGACCUUCAUUUUACAAGAUGAGAUACCACAUGUCAUGAUUCCCUACAUCGACGAUGUCCCUGUAAAGAAUGGGACAAUGCGAUAUGAGACGUCUGACAGAGGAUACGAAGUCAUCCCCCAGAACUCCGGAAUAUGUCGCUUCAUCUGGGAGCAUGCAGAGAAUGUCAACCACGUGAUUCAUCGUCUGGAGAUGGCCGGUGCAACCCUCUCGGGAAAGAAGUGCAACAUCUGCGGACCGGAACUUGAAUACCUUGGCAGGUUGUACAACUAUGAAGGUCGGUGGCCUUUGCCAUCUCGCAUACAGAAGAUCGUCGAUUGGCCGGCAUGCAUGACUGUCACAGAGGUCACGUGGAUUUCUUGGGACCUCCGGUCUCGUUCGGGUCUUCAUCAAAGAUUAUGCGAAGAUGGUGCGACCUCUGACUACCCUGACGUGUAA